ACAGAUAGUAGCACAACAAUAACCAUGGGAAAGGUGUUCAAAAUAUCUGCUAGUGACUCACUGACUGAAGCAGCUCUACAGAAUCAAGGGGCAUAUGCUGGUGCUAAGAGACUAUUCAUACCCUAUGAUGGAAACUUCUUUGGAGUUUAUUACUGUAAAGGUGUGCGUAAUAGCGAAACAACCAUUGUGGAAACUACAGUUGUGGAUCUGAGUGGCGCAUUUAGUUCUGAUGUUAUACCAACAAACAAAAAAACAAGUAUCACAGCUUCUGUUGGUGAUUCUGUUACUGUAUCUUUUGAUGUAACGGGAUCUGGUAAUCACAUUUGGAGGAAGGAUGGUGAACUGCUAGAUAACUACGAGAACCUUUAUGAUGAUUCAAGCUUAACUUUUGAUAGUGUAAGCAUUGAAAAUGGCGGCAUGUAUGAACUUUACUUAGAGGGACAAAGGGAUUACUACAAACAUUCGUUUAUUGAACUUCUUGUGAGAGGCUGUCCUGCUGGCCGAUGGGGUGCACCUCGAUGUACAGGUGUUUGUAAUAAUUGUUAUAAUGGUGGCGUAUGUGAUGAUGAGACAGGGAAAUGUGUUUGUCCACCAGGGUUUCAAGGAGAAAACUGUAUGGAAACUUGUGGUGGUAAUAGAUUUGGAAUUACCUGUCAAAUUAGAUGUACAAAAAACGAAGCUGAUCCAAAAGACGCAUGUAAAGUCCAUCAAUUUUGCUUACCUAAUCCAUAUGGAUGUAGCUGUAUAACAGGUUAUACUGGUCUUAAAUGUCUAACAGAUUGUGGCUUUGGUAAGUUUGGUGCGGGUUGCAGUCAGGAUUGUCAUUGUACGUCAGGAGGCUGUAACCAGUAUACUGGAGAGUGUUUGUCAGGUACUUGUGCACCUGGAUGGUCUGGAAGCAACUGCCAAGUUCCAAGCAAUUGUCCUGUUGGUUAUUUUGGCUCAUCUUGUACAUUAAUUUGUCAUUGUCUUGAUAAUGUUGAAUGUGAUAAGAAUACAGGUGUAUGUAGUAAUAAUGCAGACUGUGCAAAAGGAUAUCAUAAAUACGACAGUCAAUUUUUUUGUGAAGCCUGCCAACCUAGGAGCUGUGGUUACUCUUGUGCCUUGACUUGCUAUUGUGACUCUGCCUCUUGUCACCAUGAAACUGGAUGUGAUGGCGGAUGCCUUGAUAAUUGGUUAGGAAACACCUGCACUACAGGAAUAAUUUCAAUUUCUAACGCAAAAGUUAAUCCACGUCAGAUGUCCACAUUUCAAUGUGACAUUCAAGGUGAUGUAACUGACACUACCAUUCAGUUCCUUAUUGAUAGUCAACCUGCUGCAGAAACUGGACGCACAAAAUCAAAUAGAGUUACAACAGUUUCAUUUACCGGUGAAGCAAAUCCUGAUGCUGCAUAUGUUUGCCAACUUACUAAGGAUUCUUAUAUGGCAAAUGCAACUCAUUCACUUACUACCUAUGUAUUACCAACAUACAAUGGAAGACCAGCCGCAGAGACGAUUACUGGAUCAUCAGUGAAAUUGAUGUGGAGGGAAUGGAGUACCAGCAGUGGAGAUAGUGGUGAUCCUCCCAUUAUUGGAUAUGUUGUAUAUUACAAACAAAGAUCUCUAUCAUCUGAGCCCUUUAGGCGAGCAUUCCAGGUUAGCGGUCUUACAGCCACAGUGACUGGUUUACACUGGGAAGAAGCAUAUAAAUUUGCUAUAGCAGCUGUCAGGGAAGGUGCUGGGGGUGAAGGUCCAAUGGGAAGUGUUAGGCCAACUACACCAACAGUUUGUGGAGGUUGAGGAGUCCAAGUGUUCAGCUGGUGUAGAUCAUUACACCAUAUCUUAUAGACCUGUUAAUACAGACAUGCCCAUGGUCACUAAUGAAACAACAGAAGAUUCUUA